AGAAUCGUGACUCACUUCGCAGUACGCUGGGAUGGUGGCGUGAUUCGCGCAAGCAUUUGUUCGUUCCCGACGAUGUUACGUAGUGCAACGUGAUUCUUUCUGAAUUUGCAUUGCCAGAUCUCUGCGGAACGUAAUAUCCCGGCCGAGUGUCUUGCAGAUUAGGUCUUUCGGCUGAACAAAAAUGGAAAAUAUGGACCCCCGUCUCGUGGGGCAAGCGUUGAACUACCAUGGCCAGCAGUUGCAGAAAGUAUGGGAGGGAGAACGCGCCGAAAGUGAACUGGCUAUGCUCAAUCUUAAGGAACCUAGUUUCGAUAUCUAUCAACAGCGACAAAAAACUCUCAGCUUUGGAGAUAGAGGAAAACGUCUGAAGCUUCAACAGUUCCUUGCUAAAAAAGCUGACACCCUCUAUGAUAAAGCAAACUUGGAGAAAGCUGCAGAAUGCAUUAAGCAAGAGGCGAUUGAUGAAGAAUUUUAUGCUACAGUGCCAGCAAUUGAUACUUUUGUCACCAUGGAGAAGUCUCAGCGCAUUCGCAAUUUUUUGGAGAGUUUGGUACUUGGAGAUGUACUUUUCGCGCAAGUAAUGGGUAAAAGCUCAGCUGGUCUGCUUCUGAAGGUGCUUUGCAACUGCAGUGAUUGUCCCAGAAUUGUUACUGAAUUAGGAGUUAAGGCACUAAUAUUAAAUACGGCCACUGUGCCUGCGGUGGACAAGAAAGGUGUAACAAGGGGCUACAUGGCAAAUGAUCUCGUCUGCGUCGUAGUCAGUGAAGUUAACGUUGAAGCUGAGCGAGUUGUUGCUGUUAUGAACAUACCUGCUCGGGAAGGGCAAGCGCCACACCCACCUAUGGGACUUAUUCAUUCCGAUGAUCUUCCAGAGGCUUACAAGAAAGCGAUGGACAACAAAGGCCAGAGUUAUGAAACGCUGUUGGAGAAUAGUACUGGCUUCAACAAUCCGAACAACAUAAAAUAUCUGUGCGACUUAAUCGGUCUUGGACAAGACAAUCAUUCCAAUAUGGUUGGAUUGAGAGAGAGAUUUCCUCCGAAUGAGUAUGCUUCUGAAUUGAGACAAGCGCAAGCGAGCAAGUGGGCGUUCCGAAGCGUUGCUGAGGGUAUAGAUAAUUUCAAAGCCGGUCACCAUGCCGAAGCUUUCCAGUGCCUCAACAAGGCGCUCACUAUUGAUCCUCGCAAUGUUGAGGGAUUAGUCGCUCGAGGAGCAUUAUACGCAAACAGCGGAAACUUCAAGAAAGCGAUUGACGACUUUGAAACAGCUUUGAAACUUAAUCAAACACACGCGAACGCUCGUAAGUACAUGGCGGAAACGCUCGUCGCGCUCGGCCGCAGUUACGAAGACGAGAAGAAGUAUGAGGAAGCUCAGAAAGCAUAUGAAAAUUGCUUGGCGAUCGCUCCGUAUCAUGAGGAGGCGCGAAAUUCGAUCGAGUAUAUAAAAUCCAAGACGCUCACGGCGUCGUUAAAUCCUCUUGAUACCUUUAAGAGCUUCGAAACCGAGAACGAGGUUGCAGAAAAUAAGAAAGACAAAAAGAAGCGCAAAAAGGAGAGAAAAUCUAGAUCGAAGAAAAGACAAAGAUGGAGUUCUAGCUCCAGUUCUUCGUCCAGUGGAAGUUCAAGUUCAUCGAGCUCAGAUUCAAGCAGCUCCUCAUCAUCCGGAAGUUCGCGUUCGGCAUCUCGUUCGCCAAACCGAAAGCGCAAGCACAAGAAAGAUCAUCGCAGUUCGCUUUCGCCGCUUAGUAAGCGUAUGGCUCAGUAUAACAAUCCCCCGGCAGCAGCUGCAACUGCUCACGAUACUAUCGCGCCGGCGUCUUAUACUGCAAAUACACGCGAAAAAAUGGAUGACUACGAGAUCAAAGUGCGAAAAUUUCUCGAACAAACCAAGGACGAUUCCGAUUACGAGGAUAAGGUAAGAAAAUUCUUAGAAGAAACAGCGAGAUGGAAGAGAGAAAGAGAAAAGGAAAAGAAACACUCUGAGAGCGAAAAAAUGAAGAAGAAGAAGAAGAAAGAGAAGAAGGGAAAAGAAAAGGAAAAGGAGGACAAGAAGAGUCGAAAAAAGAAGAAGAAGGAGGAACGGAAAAAGCGUAAAAACAAGGAUAAGCUUGAACGCGAUUUAGAAGCAUUGAAAAAGUCAUCUUUGCCGGAUUUGGAACAGUUAGAAUCUAAGCUUAGUGCUUAUUACGCGAGGGUUGAAAAAGACUGUGCAACUCUGAAAAGGUAUGUAGCACAGUAUAAUGACAUACCUUCCCCUCUUAGCAACGCGGAGAAGCUCGCUGAGAGUUCACGCAGGGAAGAGGAGCUGCGCAGAGAGAGAGAAAGAGACGAAGCUUCAAAGUCUUAUCACGAACGAGAAUCUAGAAUGCCGAUGACCGCACAACAGAGAAAAGAAAUUCAGAGGAAGCCAUUGACAGAUAUAUUUGAGCAAGAGUCCCAACUGAUUCAUCCAGAACCGAAGGUCCCCACCCUGGACACCGCUGCAUUGAAUGCCAAAUGGAAGGCUGCACAAGCUGCUAGGCAAAAAGACGUUCCUUCGCAAAAGUGGCAAGACCUCCAGCCGGAGAGCAAGAAGAUGCAAUCUAAUGUUUUUGUGGAUAGCGAAGAAGACGAUGACAACGAGUUGGAGGAGAGACUGCAACGCGCGGCUCUUGAAAAGUCUUUGAAUAUACGGAAGCAAAUGCAACGUGAACUUGCUGAGAAAAGAGCAGCUCCGCCACAGCCUGCGCCGUCACCACCGCCGCCACUACCGAAAGAAUCGUCGAUGCCGAAGCAAGCACCGGUCAAGUAUCCCACGCCGCAGCCUCAGAAUAAGUUCCAGUCUUAUAAAGAUCCUGCCAUGUCCGUCUCGCAGAGCACUCCGACCAAAUUUAGCUCAAACAAUCUGGGUGGCAAGUUUCAACCUAUCGGUCAGAACAGUGCAACCGGACAUCCGCCGGAACCACCGCGUCCUCCGCCAACGAAGAAUCAAAGUCAAGCUAAAGGUCCGAGAACCGAUUCCGAGAGUGAGACCGAGAGAAGUCACCGACAAACGCCGAAGAAGCGCGAUUCGAGCAGCAGGGGCGGUGUGAAUAAACGUAUGAGCAGGGAUCGUCCGGCAAAACGUUCUCGUAGCCGAUCUCGUAGUGUUUCUAGCUCGGGCUCUUCUAGAUCGCGUUCGCCGAGACGAAGUCGUUCACGAUCAUAUUCGAAUCGACGAUCUGGUAGCUAUUAUGAGAGAAAAUACAGCAGAUCGCCAUCAGGAACAUACAGCAGAUCUCGAUCACGAUCAAGAACCAGAUCAUCAAGAUCAAGAAGUCGUAGUCGCAGCAGAUCUGGUGAUCGAGGUUAUUAUCGCAAGAGACAAUUCCGACCGUACAACAAUCGUGGUACUUAUUACAAGCCUCGUUUCCAAGGUUAUAAUAAUCCGAAUCAUCGCGGCGGCAACAACAAUUUCCAAAAUCGUAAUCGCUUCUACAACAAUCAGCAUAAUAAUCGCUUCGGAAAUCGUCGAGGUGGCUUCAACAAUCGCGGUGGUCGUGGCGGUCGUGGCAAUCGUGGAGGUAGAUUCUUCCAUAAUAAGCAAGGAUUCCGCGAUUUCCGCGACAGACGAGACUUCAGAGAUCGUCGAGCGUCAUCACGCGACAGAUAUAGCGAUCGUAGCUACUCUCCCGAUCCGAUGAGAAAGGUUGACGAGGUGAAGGAAAAGAUCAAUAAGAUGCUGGAAGGUGGCGACGACGUCGAGCAUCAGCAGAGUGGCAACGCUAGCACAACCGUGCCGCCUAACAAGAGACAAGCCGGACCUUUGAGCGAAGGCGAGGAAAGGGAUGACGACGACUAUGAUAGAUGGGCAGAAGGUGAAGGAGAAGGAGGUGAUGCGGCGAGUAAUAAGAAUGAAGAAUCGAUCGACGAUAACUUGGAAGGCAACGAGUAUUUCAUUGAAGCUUAAAGCAGCAAAGCGAGAGAACGUUUAAUGCGGAAAAUCAUAAGAUUUAUGAUACAUGCAAUGUGUGUAUUGGAAACUGGUAUCGUCCGUUCUAUCAAUCGUCGUAGCAUCAAUGUGAAAUGCACUUCGUAGUCGUAAUACUGAUCACUUCAAUUCGUUUGUCAAAAAUUGAUUUGUUUCAUUUAUCAAAUGUUUCAAUAACGUUCCACCCAAACGACUAAUUUAACCAGAAAUCGGUUUUGUUCAGCUCUGUUAACAAAUGAGUUAAUUACGAUCUCUCAUUAUUUGUCGUGUAAUUUUUAAGUUUUGUCUCAAAGGGAGUUGAUAUUUAAUACUUGAUUCUAAAACAAUCAUUUAUUAUUGAAAUACAUGUGUAAAGUUUUAAAGCAGCAAAUACUUUGUGAAUAGUUUGCGAGUGUUUGAAAAUGAGGGAUUGUGAUCGCGAAUUUUGAAACAGUUAUUAACGUGUGACUUUUCAUUAUCAUACUUUAUCGGAAAAGUAGAAAUCACCUGUUUCUCCGUUAUUCAACAAUAGUGUAUACACCGAUCUUUACAUCACAAGAAAAGAAAAACAUUUGGAUUAAAGGUAAAAGCACUAUACGAAUCAAGUGUGAAUAAAAAAAUCCAUCCUUGUUUUUUUUCUCGAAGAUGUGACGUAAAAUCGAACAGAGACUAUCGUAGCAGGUCGUAUUCAAAUAUCUAAUAAGACAAAUUGUUUUUCUUUUGUAAUUUCUAUCUAAUAGACCUUUGGUAAAAACAUGAAAAAAAAACCAAAACCCAAAGUGAGAUGUGAAUGGUAAGUCUGUUCUUUGUGAGACUGUGUUACGUAAUUUCUGCAGAGAUUAUUCCAAGUAUGUAGUUAACAGUGUGUGUUGGAGAGAGAAAAAUGUGAAAAUGCAGAAAUGUGUCCACAAAGAAUAGAUCUAGUAUUUUCUCUUCGGGUUUGAAAAGCGUCGUCCUUAGAGAAACGCUGAUACGUUAUUAAGUCCUUUAUUAUUACAAUGACUAUUAAACUGUAAUCCGAAUAAUUAGUAGAUUUAAGGUGUAUGUUGUAUGUAAACGAGUUGCUGUGUACAAUUUAAAAAGUACGUAUAUAAAUAAACACGGAACUGUAAGAUUA